UUCGAGGCGUGCCGCAACGGGGACGUGGAGCGAGUGAAGCGGCUGGUGACGCCGGAGAAGGUGAACAGCCGCGACACUGCGGGCAGGAAAUCCACCCCACUCCACUUCGCCGCAGUGCUCUUGCAACAUGGAGCUGAGCCAACCAUUCGAAAUACAGAUGGAAGAACAGCAUUGGAUUUAGCAGACCCAUCUGCCAAAGCAGUGCUGACCGGAGAAUAUAAGAAAGAUGAACUCUUGGAAAGUGCCAGGAGUGGCAACGAGGAAAAAAUGAUGGCUCUGCUUACACCUUUAAAUGUCAACUGUCACGCAAGUGAUGGCAGAAAGUCAACUCCAUUGCAUUUGGCAGCAGGAUACAACAGAGUAAAAAUUGUGCAGCUACUAUUGCAACAUGGAGCUGAUGUCCAUGCUAAAGAUAAAGGUGAUCUGGUGCCAUUACACAAUGCCUGUUCUUACGGUCAUUAUGAAGUAACUGAACUUCUGGUCAAGCAUGGUGCCUGCGUAAAUGCAAUGGACUUGUGGCAGUUUACUCCUCUUCAUGAGGCAGCUUCUAAGAACAGGGUUGAGGUGUGUUCUCUUCUCCUAAGUUAUGGUGCAGAUCCUACAUUGCUGAAUUGCCACAACAAAAGUGCUAUAGAUUUGGCUCCCACUCCACAGUUAAAAGAAAGACUAGCAUAUGAAUUUAAAGGCCACUCACUGCUACAGGCUGCACGGGAAGCUGACGUUACACGAAUCAAAAAACAUCUCUCUUUAGAAAUGGUGAAUUUCAAGCAUCCUCAGACUCAUGAAACAGCAUUGCAUUGUGCUGCGGCAUCUCCAUAUCCCAAAAGAAAGCAAAUAUGUGAACUGUUGCUAAGAAAAGGAGCAAACAUCAAUGAAAAGACUAAAGAAUUCUUGACUCCUCUGCACGUGGCAUCGGAGAAAGCGCAUAAUGAUGUUGUCGAAGUAGUGGUGAAACAUGAAGCAAAGGUUAAUGCGCUGGAUAAUCUCGGUCAGACUUCUCUGCACAGAGCUGCACAUUGUGGUCAUCUGCAAACCUGCCGCCUCCUCCUCAGUUAUGGGUGUGAUCCUAACAUCAUAUCCCUUCAAGGUUUUACUGCCUUACAAAUGGGAAAUGAAAAUGUGCAGCAACUUCUCCAAGAGGGAAUUCCACUAGGUAAUUCAGAGGCAGACAGACAGUUGCUGGAAGCUGCAAAGGCUGGAGAUGUAGAAACUGUAAAGAAAUUGUGUACUAUUCAGAGUGUCAACUGCAGAGACAUUGAAGGACGCCAGUCUACACCACUCCAUUUUGCAGCAGGCUAUAAUCGGGUGUCUGUGGUGGAGUACCUGUUGCAGCAUGGAGCUGAUGUGCAUGCCAAAGAUAAAGGGGGCCUUGUACCUUUACACAAUGCAUGCUCUUAUGGACAUUAUGAAGUCGCAGAACUUCUUGUUAAACAUGGAGCAGUUGUUAAUGUAGCUGAUUUAUGGAAAUUUACACCUUUACAUGAAGCUGCAGCAAAAGGAAAAUAUGAAAUUUGCAAACUUCUGCUCCAGCAUGGUGCAGACCCUACAAAGAAAAACAGGGAUGGAAAUACUCCUUUGGAUCUUGUUAAAGAUGGAGAUACAGAUAUCCAAGAUUUACUUAGGGGAGAUGCAGCUUUGUUAGAUGCUGCCAAAAAGGGUUGUUUAGCCAGAGUAAAGAAGUUGUCUUCACCUGAUAAUGUAAAUUGCCGUGAUACACAGGGCCGGCAUUCAACACCCCUACAUUUAGCAGCUGGCUAUAAUAAUUUAGAAGUUGCAGAAUAUUUGUUACAACACGGAGCUGAUGUGAAUGCUCAAGACAAAGGAGGACUUAUUCCUUUACAUAAUGCAGCAUCUUAUGGGCAUGUAGAUGUAGCAGCUUUACUAAUAAAAUAUAAUGCAUGUGUCAAUGCCACGGACAAAUGGGCUUUUACACCUUUGCACGAAGCAGCUCAAAAGGGACGAACACAGCUUUGUGCUUUAUUACUGGCCCAUGGAGCUGAUCCUACUCUUAAAAAUCAGGAAGGACAAACACCUUUAGAUUUAGUUUCAGCAGACGAUGUCAGUGCUCUCCUGACAGCAGCUAUGCCCCCUUCUGCAUUGCCUUCAUGUUAUAAACCACAAGUGCUCAAUGGUGUGAGAAGCCCAGGAUCCACCACAGAUGCUCUGUCUUCAGGUCCAUCCAGCCCAUCAAGCCUUUCUGCAGCCAGCAGUCUUGACAAUUUAUCUGGAAGUUUUUCUGAACUAUCUUCAGUAGUUGGCUCAGGAACAGAAGGCGCUUCCAGUUUAGAGAAAAAAGAGGUUCCAGGAGUGGAUUUUAGCAUAACUCAAUUUGUGAGGAAUCUUGGACUUGAACACCUAAUGGAUAUAUUUGAGCGAGAACAGAUCACUUUGGAUGUAUUAGUUGAGAUGGGGCACAAGGAGCUGAAAGAGAUUGGAAUCAAUGCUUAUGGACAUAGACACAAACUAAUUAAAGGAGUUGAAAGACUUAUCUCUGGACAACAAGGUCUUAACCCAUACUUAACUCUGAACACCUCUGGUAGUGGAACAAUUCUCAUAGAUCUGUCUCCUGAUGAUAAAGAAUUUCAGUCUGUGGAAGAAGAGAUGCAAAGUACAGUCCGAGAACACAGGGAUGGCGGUCAUGCAGGUGGAAUCUUCAACAGAUAUAAUAUCCUCAAGAUUCAGAAAGUUUGUAACAAGAAACUAUGGGAAAGAUAUACUCACAGGAGAAAAGAAGUUUCAGAAGAAAACCACAACCAUGCAAAUGAAAGAAUGCUAUUUCAUGGGUCUCCCUUUGUGAAUGCAAUUAUCCAUAAAGGCUUCGAUGAAAGGCAUGCCUACAUAGGUGGCAUGUUUGGAGCUGGAAUUUAUUUUGCUGAAAACUCUUCCAAAAGCAAUCAGUAUGUAUAUGGAAUUGGAGGAGGUACUGGGUGUCCGGUUCACAAAGACAGAUCUUGUUACAUUUGCCACAGACAGCUGCUCUUCUGCCGAGUAACCCUGGGAAAGUCUUUCCUGCAGUUCAGUGCAAUGAAAAUGGCGCAUUCUCCUCCAGGACACCACUCAGUCACUGGUCGACCCAGCGUAAAUGGCCUAGCAUUAGCUGAAUAUGUUAUUUACAGAGGAGAACAGGCUUAUCCUGAAUAUUUAAUUACUUAUCAGAUUGUGAGACCUGAAGGUAUGGUUGAUGGAUAAAUGUUUUAGGAACCUAACUCCACUGAACAUAAGAUCAUCUAAGCAGCUGAUGACCUCUUAAGUUUUACUUCUUUUCUGGGAAAAAUCAUCUUGUCUACAAGCCUGUGGCAAAAGGAUAAAAAAAAAUGUGAACGAAGCUUAACAUUCUGACUUGAUAAAGCUUUAAUAAUGUACAGUGUUUUCUAAAUAUUUCCUGUUUUUCAGCACUUUAACAGAUGCCAUUCCAGGUUAAACUGGGUUUGUCUGUACUAAAUUAUAAACAGUUAACUUGAACCUUUUAUACAUUAUGCAUUGAUUCUCACAGAAACUGUAAUCCCUCCACAGAACUCAUUUUACUAAUACAGUACUGUGUUUCUUUAAAGCACAGCAUUUACACUGAAUACAGUUUCAUUUGUAAAACUGUAAAUAAGAGCUUUUGUACUAGCCCAAUAUUUAUUUACAUUGCUUUGUAAUAUAAAUCUACUGUUCUAGAACAGCAGCAGUUUACAAUUUUUUUCAUAUGUAUUGCUCAUCUGAACUUCAUCUUACAUUAAUCAUGAUUGAGUGGUCUUUACAUUUGAUUCCAGAGGUUAUGUUGAAUUGUUAUCAGAGACUUGGUUAUUUGGGAAAGAUUGAUUUAUCAGGUUUAAUUUUCUGAUAAAAGUGUAUAUCUCAUUUAUCCUAUCCCAUUUAGGAACUUGCUUCAUGAAUACUCUGGGGAUUUAAUUUCUGAUACCUUUGAAUGUACAAAACACAUUCCAAAGAGCUCUAACUAUAGAUUUACGAAGCCUCUUUACUGGCCUCAAACUCUGGGUUUUGCUUUGGAAAUUUUUCUCAUGCCAUAAAAAUCAGAGCAAGAGCUCCUAUUUUUUAGAGAGGCUAAAUCCUGCCACUCAAUAACUAAUGCUGUUUUUUCCCCCCAUGGAAUGUAAAUAGGAAGUUAAAUUGCUGAAGUAAGAAGGGUAAUCCUGAAUAAUUUUCAACCUAUUAUUACCUUAAAUCUAAAGGGGGAAAAUGGCAAAUAGUAUGUAGUUUUUUGUUGUUGUUUUUUUGGUUUUUUUUCCUAUUCUUUUUUAUUUGUUUCUGUUAGCCAGUCUAUCCCACUGCAAGUAAGCUCAGCCUAGGACCGUAAAAUGUAGGCGUCUCCAUACUCUCCUGCCCUCCCGAAUGGGCAGGUGCAGUGAUAGGGGCAUUUCCUGCUGCUGGGUCACCUCCCAACAGGAAUUAUGCUUUCAAUUUGUACACCAGGUAAUGAGCGGGCUUGCGUUCACUUUGGCAGCUGUGAAGAAGAAUGCUGCCCCACAUAAUGCUAACCUGGAUUUUAUAAUAUAAAGCUAUCUUUUCAAUGAAAUAUGCUAAGGCAUCUUGGUACAGAGACAUGCAUUAUUUGUUAAAGGAAGAUUUUACCCAAUUAAAGUGUUUUUAAUGGGAAUAUUUCCCUUCAUUCUCUGUACCACUUUACCUUCGUUUUACAUUUUAUUCAGUCUUUAACUGGCCUCUUGCAGUAAGUUGUACAUAAAGUGCUAGAAAAUCAUGCUUCUUGUCUUGAGUAAAUCAGAGUAAAUGCAUAUCUGAAUUGUUUCUUUGAUGUAGAGUGUGAUCUUUAUUUAGGAAGUCAGUUCCUGAUCUUGAAGUGCUUUUAUACAACUAAUUAUUGCAAAUAUGAUGCUAAAGUCAUUUUGGGGAACACAAAUAGAAUAUGCCAAAUUUUGUAUGAUUUUUCAGGUUCUGGAAGUUUCCAGGUUUUAUAAUUAGAUGAUAAUGAGAUGAAUUAAUGUUUAUAUUUACACAUUCUCUCUCAGCAUUUAACCCAUUUUAUGCUCCCUAUAAAUGAAUCUGGAAUUGCUUAUCAUGUAAAACCAUCGUGGUCUAUGAGUUUACAAUUUUGCAACCUGUGUUGUUUCAUCUAAUCCACUGCUUAGUGUUGUUUUUCUAUGGAUAAUUAUAUUGUGGUUAAUAUGUUAGCAUGGCAAUAUUUUCACAUAGAUUAUUGGGAGCUCAAAGGGUUUGGGGGAGGUUGGGGAUUUUUUUGGAAUUUUUGCAUGAAAUAUCUUACUUUAUAAUGAUGGAAUUGCUUUUUCUUUUGUGAUUUCUUUUUUGAGUGAGAUUUAACUUUUUGUGUGAGUAGUAUUGUUAUAUCUGUCUUGAGUGUUUUAUUUGUACUGUAUCACAUUCCAUACCCUCAUUUAAUUCUUAAUAAACUGUUCACUUGCUUUU